CGGAGUGGUGGGUCAGACCGAGACGACGCAGUCCACAAGACACACGUAGAAACAGCAGAACAACUCCUUACUUUGUCAUCUACGCUCAACUAUCCCCAACUACUUUGUUGAUCAACAUGCUCAGAUAUUUCGUCUUCGCUUUACCAGCAGCCUUUGCUUUGUUGGCUUUGACUGUCACAGCUCUGCCUACCGAUACCAGUGGCUCUAACAUCUGCUGUCAGGGAGACCAGGUGAACUUCACGGCUCUCUCCGAGAAUGGCACAUCGGCAGGAGGGAAAGGCAUCAGGUCAUCCAUCAAUGCCAAAGUCAACCUUGAUUUCAUCAAUAAGCGACUUUCUUCCAAAGGCGUCAUGAUCGUCAACGACGAGAGUGGAAGCACUACAAUCAACUUUUGGGUGAUCACCAAGUCUGACAAAACCAUUUCCAUCAACGAGGCCCAAAAGAUGUGCAUUGAGAUCCCUCUCAUCUGGUAUCCAAAACUGUGCGUGCCCUCCACAGCUCAGAAAGUGGGGUCCUUCGUGUACGGGCCUGUUGGCCAAACUUUCCAGACUGACGCUUACAAGUUUAUAAACGGCGACAGUGAUUUCUUCGCCACUGUCACCUCCGACUGCACCUUCAUCAACCUGGUCCAGGCUAAUUCGUCUCCAGUUGGUGGUUCACUCAUCAGCAGCGUUAUGGCUGACUUUAAUCCUGCUGUCGACGAGAGCUCUUUCGUGCUGCCCCCUUACUGCAAGGAGAGCUUGGGCUCAACCGUUGUUGGGUAAAAACAAAGAGGACUCCCGUUUCCUGACUGUGGUCACAGCAAAUUAUUGACUUUGUGUUCUGUCUAACCAGUAUUGCUAUGCAUGUAAUUAUAUUCUUCAAACAUACUUUUUCUAUACUUUUAACUGCUAUCCGAGUAUUUUGAAAUUACUUCUUUUUCUUCUUAUUGUAAGUAAUGCUUUCACUAAUAUUAAGUUCUACUUUCGCGUUUCCAGUAAAAUUUUGUCUUAGAGGAUCAGUUAAUAUGUCAUGUUCUUGUUAUUACGAUAUGAAAGUACAUGCUUGUGACUGAAGUGACAAUUCUUUAGCAUUUCAACAAUUACGAAUUUAUUGCUUCAAAGGGGAGCGAAAUAUCUCUUCACAUUGUAUUGUAAAUAAGAGAAACGAGAAACAAAAAUAAUAAAUAUAUUUGAAAAGCA